AUGUCAUCCAAUCCGCAUUUCCCCAAGAUUCACCUGCUAUGCAGGCAAUCUACAGACGGCGGCGCAUUCAACGCCGCCCGUGAGAAGCUCAACCUGGACAAGUCCAUCGACAUCACGAUCCACAACUGUACCCUCGCCGGGCUAGACGAGAGUGUCAAAUUCGACACGGUUGUCUCGCCCGCAAACUCGUAUGGAAAACUCGACGGCGCGUUCGAUGACGCCAUCUCACGCGCCUUCUCCCCUCGAGAUGACUAUUAUGCUCUGACCCGCGCCGCGCAGAGGGUGCUGUACCAGCAAUGGAGGGGAUACGCACCGCCCGGAACGUGCACACUGGUUGAGAUUCCUCCCGAGUUCAGCACGCGCAGCCGGAACCUUUGGGGUACCAAGAGUGUUGCCUUGUGCCCGACCAUGCGUGUCCCGGCCAACGUGCGCUGGGAUCGGGAGGUUAUAUACAACUGCAUCUGGUCUCUUCUCGUCACAAUAUCCAACCACAACGAGGCCAAUCCGAAUCACAAGAUUGGGAGCAUUCUGAUGACACCGCUUGCCACCGGGGUUGGAAAGGUCAGUCCGCAGCGCUGGGCGGAACAGUGCGUCCUCGCCAUGAAGCACUUUCACCAGGCAAUGGAGGAGCCAGAGAAAUGGAGCCAGCUAGACUGGCAAGAUCUGGGGACAAGCAGUUUGGAGGUUGAGAGGACGUGGUUGAGAGAGCAAAAGCCGGGGGAGGUGGUCGGGUCGUUUGGGCGUUCGAGUGAGCCGUAG